CGUAAACCUUUUUGGUAUUUUUUUUACCAAAAAGGUUUUAAUAAAUUCUAAGAAACGUUAGAAAGGAUAUUCUGAGUUUUCGACGAUCAGAAAUCACCCAGAAAAUAAAUUCACUGAAUACCACCUUUGUUCUGUUAAUUCCACUAUUUAUCCUUGUCAAAAUCAAUUUUAAUCGUUGAUUAGGCAACUGUUUACCGUAACUUUACUUUACUUUGCAAGGAAGAAAGAAAGAGAGAAACGGCAACAGGCUCCUGGGGCCAGAGUAUGAGAUAUUCAUGUUGAAAAAAGAAGGAAUCUUUCGAUCAAGGGCGUGCUUUUUUGAGGGAUUUUUGUGAUCAUUUUGUCUGCGGUUCUUCUGGGUUUGUGUUUUGAGCUUCUCUCUUGCAGAAAGCUGGAGUCUUUUUAGAUAUUUCAAUACUGCAAAUUCAUAGAGUGAAAACUGUUUGUUUGGUGUCGUUUUGAGGAUCAAAACUGUGGUUUUUCUUGGCAUUUUUUGAGUAUAUUGAACUGUUAUUGUAAUGGAUGGAAGAGGGUGAUGGGAUUUUGUUUUUGAUGGGUUAUUGGUAUUGAUGGAGAAUUAUAUUGAAUUUUGUGGUUAGAGGAGUGUAGUUGGUGUCGGCGUUUGAUUUUAAUGAGAUAUGGAUGAAGGUAAUACGAAUUCGGGGAUGGCAGAGACUGAUGUUAAAGCUAUGAGAGAGACACUGCGUGCUCAGCAACAGCUUCUGCAGAAUCUUUAUGCUGAGUUGGAUGUGGAAAGAGAGGCUUCGGGUACUGCAGUGAGUGAAGCUUUGUCGAUGAUAUUGCGUCUGCAAGGAGAGAAGUCAGUGGUUAUGAUGGAAGCAAGUCAGUAUAAGAGAAUGUCGGAGGAAAAGAUUUGUCAUGCGGAGGAGUCUUUAGCAAUUUUCGAGGAUAUUUUGUAUCAGAAAGAGAUGGAAAUAUCUGCUCUUGAGUUCCAAAUUCAGGCUUAUAAGUACAGGCUAUUAAGCUUGGGUUGUACUGAAUUGGGUGUCUGUGAAAGUAGAUUUUCGGAUAAUCUACAUAUGCAAAAUAAUGAUGCAUCCAUUGGAGAAAGUGGUUCUAAUGGGGGUGUGAGGAGACUCAAAUCUAUGCCUCCUCUUCAAGCUGAAGAUUCCUAUCAAACCAAAAAUGCUAUUGUAAGGGAAAGCUCAUUGACCCCGGAACCAGAAAUGGUCUCACCUUUACCGGAUGAAAAACCGUGUCAGGAUUUUAUAGAGAAUGGCCCGCAGUCAAGGAAGAAUUCGAGCAAGUCAAUAAUCGGAGACUUUAACACAUAUUGGGAGCAAAUAAAAAAAUUAGAUGAAAAAGUAAAAGAAUUUGCAGAUCAUAAAGAUACAAGUGGAGAUAAGUCUGCAAGCUUAAAGCCGGAGGCCAGAACGUCUACUUUACUUUCACAAUUAAGCAAUGACAUAUCCUCGGACUUAAGAAGAUGCAAAAUCAACACUAAUUUGGACAAAGUAAAAGAAUGUAAAACUCGAGUGGAAAAAGAAGAAGUUAGUGAGAGUCACAAAAGUUGCAAAAAAGAGGAGAAAGGAAAGAAUAAGCGGAUUUGGGAAGGAGAGAACAGACUUGGGAAACCGGAUCCAGUUGUGGAUGUAACUUUGGAUUCUCAUGUUAAAAAUGAAACUGAAAGUAUUAAGACAGUUUUGCAUGGUACAAAGCUGAAGAAGAGAUUAUCGAAAUCGAAGGAAGGGAAAAGUGUUGAUUUCAAGCCACCUCUUGCUUCCCAAAAAUUCAGUCAUGCUGAAAUUCACUCUGAGUUUCAACAGCUAAGUCAGAGAGUUGAGCGGCUUGAGGGAGAGAGACAUAGUGCAAGGCAUGAAAUUGUUGCUGAAAGGGAAGAGGAAUUGAAUUUGUUGAAGGAGAUACGUGAGCAACUCAAUGCAGUACAGUCUGAGAUGCAAAGUUGGAGGACUAAGAAAUCCCGUCCAGUUGAUGAGCCAUCCCUUCUUCCUCUACAAGAGGCAAUGCUACACUUUUGGCUUUAAUCAAGCCACUGAAUCAAUUCUUCCUGAAACAAUGCCCUUGAACAUUCAUCUAUUGCCGGCUGUAACAUAAGUGAGUGUGUGACCAUACCUAUUUUUUCAUUGAAUUCUGUGGAAAUAUAGAUUAGACACAUGAAUUUGACCUGAUUUGAAUUUUGUACUUGCAUCUUUGUUGUGUAUAAUGUAGACGGUGUAGCAGUUGUGUAUGUACCCUCCUAAUCUCAUUAUAGGAACUGUGUUUUUUAGAUAUGUUUUAACUUGUAUUUUAUUUUUCUACAGAAAUUGACAGAGUGAUUGUAAGUAAUAUACAAAUUUCAAUAACAUGAUAUUU